GGUGGAAAAUACUAUUUUUUGGAAUUUUCCUAUUUCUUACCAUAAUCAAAUUGGCAAGCAGUAUGCCCCGACCACCAGUUUUGCCGCCAUGGGUUGCCACGUGGCUAUUGGUAUCCGGAGUCAUCUGCCUAGUUGACGUCAUCUACACAAUGUUCCGCCCGUACACAAAUGCUCCGGAUGGUUUUGUGUCAAAUACCUUGUUCUAUGGAUGGAAGCUCUACUCAUCUGUGGAUAUUCGAUAUGCUGAUACCAAGGAUGUGGUCACUUGCUCCACGGGAAGAGUUAUGCUCAUUGAAAUUACUCUGAACUUUUUAGCUGUAUAUUUGGCUCUGAAACGUUCCCGUCACGCCUUGCUCCUGGCUUUCACAACAAGUGCAUUCGUAUUCUGGAAGACAUUCUGGUACCUUGUAAUGUACAUAAACCCACCACCAGGAACCCCAUCAUUCUUCACUGAUAACUACGGAUAUUUGGGUAUUACACUGAUUUUCUGGAUUCCAAACGGCGUUUGGGUUGUCAUGCCAUUUUUGGCAAUGUGCUCACUGUGGAAUAAACUCGCGUUGCCCGUCGAGUAUCAAGAGCAAGAAAACAACAAUUACGAGAAGCCGCCCGGAUUAUCUACACUCUCCUCGCCAUAAUAAUUUAUUGCCUUUUUUUGAACGUUUUUUUUUUGAAGGUUCCAAAAAAAGUUAUUUAUUAAACGUGAUAUCCUUUUU